AGCAGAGCAGCCUCACGUCAGCUCAUCUGUCAUUUCAUUACUGAGCCAGUUGUGAAGAUGAAAACUGGACUGAAACCGCUGAAAAUGUUUAACAGGUUUUGGUUAUGUAUGUGGAGUCUUUUUGGUGCGUUUGCUGAUUCAGAUGUAGUGAACUCAGUGUCAGUGAUGGAGGGAGAUUCAGUCACUCUAGAAUCUGGUGUUACUGAAAUACAGACACGUGAUGUGAUAACCUGGACAUUUGGACAUCCAGAGACUCUUAUAGCUCAAAUCAUUAAAGAGGAUGGAAUCUUCUCCACAUAUGAUGGUCCUGAUGGGAGAUUCAGAGACAGACUGAAGCUGGAUCAUCAGACUGGAUCUCUGACCAUCACAAACACCAGAACCACACACUCUGGACUUUAUCUAAUAUCCAUCAAAGGCACAAUACUAACCAUAAAUAGAUUAAAUUUUAGUGUCUGUGCUCGUCUGCCAGUUCCUGUCAUCAGCAGUGACUGUUCUUCAUCAUCAUCAUCAGCAUCAUUAAACUGUUCAUUGCUGUGUUCAGUGUUUAAUGUGAGUAAUGUGACUCUCUCCUGGUUCAAAGGAAUUAGUUUAUUGUCCAGCAUCAUCAGUGUGUCUGAUCUCAGCAUCAGUCUCUCUCUACCUCUGGAGGUGGAAUAUGAGGAUAAAAACAUCUACAGUUGUGUGCUCAACAAUCCCAUCAGAAAUCAGACUCAACAUCUGGACAUCAACAAACUCUGUCACACAUGUUCAGACUCUGUUCACUGUUGUGGUUCUACUGAAGCUGUGAUCCGAUUGGUCCUCUCUGCUCUGGUGGGUGUGGCUACUGUUAUUAUUCUGGUUUAUGACAUCAGAUCCAGAAGAGCUGAACAGGAUCAAGCACAUAUUCACACAUCAGAAACAAGUGAAAUCUAAAGCUGGAUGCUGAACUUUAAAAGUCAUUUUUGAUCUUGUAGUGUUUUUGUCAUAGUAACUAUUUUUAAAAAUUAAAAUCCAAUUUAAAAGACCUUAUUAUUUCUAUUUUC